CCGACGUCAAUGCCAGUAUUACCAAUGCCUCUAGUGACUUCUGGUUAUCGCCGAGGCCAGGCCCAUGCUUUUUUACACGAGGCUGCUUAUGAUGACUGACUUGACAAGCUAAGCUGAACUACUGCAGAAAAAAAGACAUUGUCUCGAUUACGCACAAGACCGGCGCUAGCUUAGCUUGGCCGCUAACCGUGUGCUGCUAGCUGCCCCUACAGUAGCCUGCUGCGCCCACUGGAGCAACAGCUGGAGCUGGAACACCACACCCUGCGAGGCCUGGCCCUGUCUUGCGCCGCCACAGCCGGGCCAGAUUCCAUUUGGCCUGCAUGGGCUGUUUCUAGACCACUUUUCUUGUCCCUCCGGAUCCCUGCUGCCCGCAUGUCGGUGCACGCUCGAGUGUGGCAGCCCAGUGUCGGGGUCGCUUGUUUCCGCCGCGUGGUGGUGGCAGCGGAGUCCUGUCGUCCCCUAUCGGCCAAGGAGGAGAUAUUUUUUUUUUUUAAUUUUUAAUUUUUUAUUUCCUUGGAUGGCGCCCUAGAAUAGCUCGGCGAUUUUUACCGGACGAUUGGGCCUGCAUUAAUUUGUAUUUUUUUCUUUUUCUUUUUUUUUUUCCUUUUGGGCUGUCGGCCUUGUCCCACCUCCUGAGAGACAUCUUCCUCUCUCUCCUCCUCGGAUCUUCUAUAAGUCUUGACGUCGUCCCACUCCCUGGGUCCCGUCUUGUUGGAACGAUCAAGUCCUACUCUUCAUUCAUCUUUCAGACAAAAUGCCUAGCAUCUUAAAGUCUCUCACCACAUCCCUUGCCGGUCUCGGCAUCCUGCCUGGCGCCUCUACCAAGUCUGUCGGCAGCACUGUUCUCAUUCUUGGCCGUGACGACAUCGACAUUGCCAGCACCAGCCCUGGCCUCGAUGCCUACGGUAUCCCGUGGCAAAAGGCCCUCAUUGCUCAGAGCGGCUCUCCCCUUCCUGUUCUCAACUCGACUGCCACCAAUGGCAACUAUGGCUCCAUCAUCUUGAUUGGCAGCAUCUCCUACGACUACAACGGCACCUUCAAGAGCGCUCUGACCGACGAUCAGUGGAAUCAGAUUUAUGCCUACCAGUCUGCUUUCAAUGUCCGCAUGGUCCGCAUUAACGAGUACCCUGGCCCCAACUUUGGUGCCACUCCCUACAACCCCAACAGCCCUGGCUGCUGCGACGCUAGCGUGUCCGCCGGCAUCAGCCUGCCCAGCACCACGCUGAUCCCUGGCGCCGGCCUCAAGGCCAACGCUCCUGUCCUCCUCAACGGCCUCUACCACUACCCUGCCAAGAUCACCGCCGCCAAUGGCACCACCGCCUUUGCCAUGUUUGAGCCUGCCGGCGGCAUCAACGAAAAGACUGUUGCCGCCGUCAUCAACAACAACAAUGGCCGCGAGCAGCUCGUCUGGUUCACCUCGGUUGCUACCGAGUGGUCUUUGGCCUCGAGCUUCCUGUCCCACGCCUAUGUCCACUGGAUGACCCGCAGCUUGUUUGUCGGCAAGCGCAAGCUUCACCUCAGCACGCAGGUUGACGAUCUCCAGCUCAGCACCGACCUCUACUCCCCUGCCGGCCAACAGUUCAAGCUCCGCACGGGCGAUCUGGAUGCCCAUGUCACCUGGCAAAAGAACAUCAACGCCCGCAUGCCCGCUGGCUCCAGCUACUGGAUGGAGUUUGGCCACAACGGCAACGGCAACAUUGAGAGCGCCACCAACCUCGAAGCCGCGCAGGGCAAAUGCAGCCCCGCCGAUGCCGUCGAGUACCCCGAGCAGAUUGAUACCCCUCUUGAGUUCCAGAAGCCCCUUGGCACCGGCACGGACAUCUGGCCCCCUACCUUUACCAACUACACCUGGUCCCAGACCUGCAGCAAGCUCGACACCUUUGGCAACUGGUUCCGCACCGCCGGCAACCUCAACGCCUUUGCCCACAUCUCGCACACUUUCAGUCACGAGGAGCUCAACAACGCUACUUACCACGAUGCCGCCCGCGAGAUCCAGUUCAACCAGGCCUGGAUGAAGCAGAUGGGUAUUGACAAGGCUACGCGCUACACUGCUGAUGGUAUCAUCCCCCCUGCCAUUACUGGUCUUCACAACGGCGACGUCAUCAAGGCAUGGAUGGACAACGGUAUCAAGUACGUCGUCGGCGACAACACCCGUCCUGUCCUUCGCAACUCGCAGAGCAAGUACUGGCCCCUGAUGAGCAACAAGGCUGUCAACGGCUACGACGGUCUCUGGAUUGUGCCCCGCUAUGCUACCACUGUCUACUUCAACUGCGAGCAGACCGACUGUCUCGUGAAGGAGUGGUAUGUCCUGACGAAGCGCACCAGCGGCACCUUCCAGGACUUGCUCGAUGACGCCAAGCUCACCAACGCCCAGUACCUCAUGAACCUGCAGGCCGACCCGUACAUGUUCCACCAGGCCAACCUGCGCCAGACCGACAUGCCCACCAUUACUGUCGGCAGCCAGACUGGCAAGUUCUCGCUCAUCCAGUCCUGGGUCGAGACCAUUGUCCAGGAGCUCACCCGCCUCACCACCUGGCCCAUUACCUCUCUCACCCACGACCAGUUUGCCAAGUACUUCAUCGACCGUAUGACUGUCGACAACUGCAAGCCCGCUGCCAGCUACACCUACUCGUCUGAUGGCAAGUCUAUCUCGUCUGUCACCGUGACCACCACUGGCAACAAGUGCGGUGCUCCCGUCCCCGUCACCAUCCCCAAGGGCAGUGCUGUUGCUGGCCUCCUCGACCAGACCAAGAUUGACCAGGUCGGCAGCGAGCCCCCCAUUGUCUGGGUCACCAUGCGGGGAUCCGCUGUUACUCUGCGUCUUACCAACGCAGUCCCCGUUGCGUAAAGCAGCAAAACCUCGCACUAAAUUUUUUUUUUGCGAUCCAAAGUAGUAAGCAGCUCCUGCUUGCUACAUAAUGAGACUGGGCAUUUGGCGUUUGUUUUUUUGGCCGUCUUCUACGGGAGGCGGCUAGGGAUUCUAGCACUGGCUGUGACGGCUGGUGUUUAAUGAUUGUGAAUGGGGCAUUUUAGAGCGAACUUUGCAUACAUAAUAAUUAGACUGAAUUUUUUCUCAUAAUUGC